UUUGAAAAUCCCAGCGGAUGUCGGAGGUUAGCUUCGUAGUGGCUCGUCCCUAACAGCUGGUUAGCUUAGUAGCUCUGAACCAGGACCGGGACCAGGACCCGAACCCGAACUAUGACGACUAUGGUGUACUCUGAAGUUAAAGUAAAACAAACAGUUUGAAGGAAUACAAAUAGAGUUAUUCAUUUCAGAACCGUGCUAACGGCUAGUUAGCCCUGCUAGCUAACAACAACAACAAUAACAACAGCAGGUAGAAUGGAACAAAACGCUCCGAAGCGACGCGACAACAAGAAGUCUCUGCGCGUGAAGGUGAUCAGCCUCGGGAACGCGGAGGUCGGGAAGAGCUGCAUCAUCAAACGUUACUGUGAGAAAAGGUUUGUUCCAAAGUAUUUGGCAACAAUCGGCAUCGACUACGGCGUAACCAAAGUUCAGGUUCGAGAUCGUGAAAUCAAAGUGAACAUCUUCGACAUGGCUGGCCACCCGUUCUUCUACGAAGUGCGUAACGAGUUCUACAAGGACAGCCAGGGCGUGCUCCUGGUGUACGACGUGGGCCUCCGGGAGAGCUUCGCCGCUCUGGACAGCUGGCUCGGGGAGAUGAAACAGGAAAUGGGUUCUCAGGCCAACAUGGAGAGCAUCGUGUUCAUCGUCUGCGCCAACAAGGUGGACCUGUUGAAGCGGCGGGUGGUGGACGAGGGGGAGGGGCGUCUGUGGGCGGAGUCUCGGGGCUUCCACUACUUCGAGACGUCGGCUCAGAGCGGAGAGGGCAUCAACGAGAUGUUCCAGGCGUUCUUCUCCUCCAUCACCGACAUGUGUGAGAACGGAGGGAAGCGCCCCGUGUCCGAGGUCAGCGUCGGCUUCACCAAGGAGCAAGCCGACACCAUCCGACGCAUCCGCAGCAGCAAGGACUCCUGGGACAUGCUGGGGGUGAAGCCUGGAGCCACGCGGGAGGAGGUGAACAAGGCGUACAGGAAGUUGGCGGUCCUGCUGCAUCCUGAUAAAUGCGUUGCCCCUGGCAGCGAAGACGCCUUCAAGGCGGUGGUGAACGCUCGCACUUCACUGCUGAAGAACAUUAAAUAAAUCAUUCUGAUUGGACCUCUUGGACAUGAACAGACCAAUCACACGCAGUCGCCUGAGCAGAGUUUGUUUAUUAAGGAGGCUCUUGGGUGCCAUGUUGUUGUUUACCAACGUAACCUUUUAUUAUUGCGAAAUAGCCUAAAUUCUGCCACAUUUUCAGAUUCAAAUAACAUUUCAGUGAAUUUAGAUUUAUAUAUAAAUUUAGAUUUGAAUCUGAAUUCUGAGAUCAAAGUCCAAAUUUUCAAAAUAAAAGUAAGAAAUUUAGAUUUAAAAAAGACCAGAUUCCAUUUCCAGGUGUGUUUGUGUGUCUGUUGUUUCCUGUUGAUGACAUCAUCAGGUCAAAGGUCAGUGUUUAACAAUGAUGAGCUGAAGUAUAACUCUAGCUUGUAUAUAAAUGGUACUUUUAUUCUGGAGAAAUUCCUCAAAACGUCACAUUUUAACGUCCGGUCACCAAAUAGAAGUGAGACGUCAACAAAAUGCAUGUUUGAUAUUUUUUAGAUUUCACAUGUGGCCAAACUCGCCAACUCUUCUUCCCAAACGAUGAUGAUGAUGAUGACUGGUUGAUGAAGCUAAGUAUGUUCCCUAAAUCUGUGUCCUCAAACUUCACUUUAAUGUCUUUUAUUUUACUAGUUUGUUUUCAUAAAGGUUUCUCACAUGUUGAGUUUAUAAUUAGUUCCCUAAAGUGUUCUCUUGUUCCUUAAAGUGAUUGAUCACAUCUGAAAUUAAUUCCCUCUUAUUCCUAUUUUAUUCUUCUCUUGUUUCCUUAAACUUUAAAUUGUUCCCUUAAACUUUAGAUUGCUCCUUUAAACUUUAAAUUGUUACCGUAAACUUUAAAUUGUUCCAUUAAACUUUGGAUUGUUCCCUCAUAAAACACA